AUGAAAGGAGAGCUGGUGGUUUUGACGCCGCUCAAACAAGAAAUCGGGCAUUAUGUGGUGAAAAUACAUCGAGAAGAAACGGCGAAAUCGGAGAAAACUUUGUUGAUUGCUGGUGGUCAACAUACUGGAAUUAUCAUCAAUAAAUUGGAGAAAAAUGCAACUUUGGGUGAGUUUUUAAAUACUGGGGAAUGACGUGGGAUAAAGUUUUCGAACAGUAACACCUGAAAACGGUUUUGUUUUUGAUGAAAUAUAUGUUUUUUAGUAUAUAUCUUAAAAAAUAUAUAUUUCGGCGCACUAAAUUCUGAUUUUCUUACAGAUUUCCAACCGGAUGUUUCACUUUCAUUCAGUGUUUCAUUAGGCGACAAAAAUCAGCAACAAGUUCAAGAAAAACGAUCGCUUUAUUUCAAUCUUCGAAAAAAUGUAGAAAUCGAGACGGGAAAAGCUGUUGUUCACAAAUUCUUCAGAAAUUUAUUAUCAAAUUUGCCUUCUGAUUAUGUUCAAUUUAUGAAAAGAGCUAUGAAUUUGAUGCAAAAAGAGUUUGAGGAAAUUCAAACACUGGUUAUUGAUUAUAAGAUUGUUGAGGUUGAGGAACAGGUUGCGAUUCCUGAUGCUACACAAUAUGGUGAGAAUUUUGCUAGAACAUUUGACUAAAAAAGUGAUUGAAAAUUGUAUUUUCAGAUAGAAAUACAAUAGGAAAAGGUAAAAAUCGCUAAUUUAACCAAAUGCAUAUAAAAAAUUUUUCCACAUUUGACAAAACCCUGAAUAACCUAAAUUUUACCCAAAGUCACCCAGAAUUCCCCUGUGAAAUUGAAAAUAAUUUUUCCGAGAAACGUUUUUACCCAAACAUCCGCUGAAAUGUCUUUCAAACCUCUGAAUCGGUCCCUAAAAUUCCCACAAUAAUUAAUUUCCCUGCUGAAUUCCUCAACUCCCUACUUCCCCAAACUCUCUCUUCUUCCAACCUCCUAUCACAUUUUUCAUUCCAGAUUCCACGUCAGAAAUCGAAGAAGUCACAGCUGGACAUAUUCAAGAAGUUCUCGAACACGCUUUUCCAAAUGGUCUUCCAAUUUCAACAAUUUCCGAAGUUUUGCGAUGUAAAGAAGAAGAAGCUGAUGAAUUUUUGAGAGAAUUAGAGAAAUUGGGAAUCGCGAGAAAAGUUGGAGAUGAAUGGAUUCGAGUUGAUGCGAGAAAAGUUGAUGAAAGUAUUGAAGCACAUAAAAAUGGUAGGGAACAACAGUAAAAAUACGUUUCAAAAUUUCUUUGACAUCAUUUUUAAUUCUGAAAUUUUGCAGCCGCCUCCACAUCGAGUUCUACUGAUCAACCAACAAUUGCUAUAAUCUCAUGUCUUUUUGUUGAAAAACAAGCCAUUGAUUCACUCAUUAAAGACAGUCAAACAAUUCACAAAUAUAAAUCUGGCGGAGAUUCGAAUGUUUACACAAUUGGAAAAAUUGGUGAACACAAAAUUGUGGCCACAAAAUUGGCAUUGAUUGGAGAUUCGAGAGAAGCGAUUACGAGUGCUGGAUCUAUUACAACAAGGUAAGAUUUUGAAGAAAAAACAUUUUGAAAUUCGUUUCCAGAUUACUUGGCAACUUCCAAAACAUUGAACACGUAUUUAUUGUCGGAGUUGGUGGAGCUGUUCCACAUUUCACAGAUGCAAGUUUGCACGCAAGAUUAGGUGAGUUUUUACUCUGGUUCCCUAAAAAAUCCCCCAUGUUUCCUUAUCAGGUGACGUCAUAAUCUCUUCAUCUCGGCCACAUCAAUAUGUUUAUGCACACGAUGUUUUGGUGGAUCGAAAAACUGAAAUAAUCACCGGAUUUGCGGUUCGAAAUUGGGAUGCUUCAGAAAAAACAAUUGAGAACAUUGUGUUGGAUGGUGGCGAAGAAUUAAGAAAAAAAUGGAAUGAAUUGACAGAAAAUGCGAUUGAUGAAUUGGCGAAACAUGGAAAUGGUGAGUGAUUUUCAGGGAGUAGAUGGGGUGGAAAAUUUGGCGGUUUUUGAGACCAAAUUUGCUUUUGUUGACGCAAUUUUUGUAAUUACAGAAAAUGCGUCAGUGAAUCGUUUUGCUGACUCAUUUUCCAAAGAUGAACAACUUUUGAUUAUCUAAAAAAUUUGCCUUCCUAAUCCAGGAAAUCUCUACAAAAAAUACGCAAGCAAACCCUUUACUGACGCAUAUAUUGUUUCAGAAACCGAUUGGAAACAACCUCCCGAAUCAACAGAUGUUUUGGCAAUGCCAGUCUCAAAAGGAAACGUCGUCGUAAUGCCGCACCCAAAUGCUGAAACUCGUCAAGGACCUGAAAUUCAUCUGGGAACAAUUGGAGGAAUGGCAACGAUUCGCAGAUUUGCUGCGAAUGAAACUGGCGGCGGCGAAUCAUCGCAAGAAUUAGAUAAAAUUCGCGAAUCGUUCGCUGAAUCUUUUUCGAUUCGCUGUAUGGAUGCUGGUUUUGAUUCGGUGGUUGGUGCAAUUGUGGGAAGUUGUGUCAAAUCGUGGACAUUGAUCCGCGGAAUUGCCGAUUAUCAACAUGGACAAAGUCGCGCUGCGAAAGUUUGGCAAACGCAUGCGGCAAUUCGCGCCGCUUCCGCCGCAAAAUGUUUGAUUGAACGAUUGCCACCGGCUAAUUAA